AGCCCGUCCCCGCCCCACUGCUGCCCCUUCCUCAUCCCAGCGAACGACCCUGCACGCAAUCUGCUGAGCCGCCCCGGAGGGACGCCCCUUGCAAUCGUCGCCGUCGUCGCCGUCCACCUCCUCUCCCGGCGUGGAGCGGGAGAGAACCUGUCCGCACUCAGAGCCUGGUUGUCAUUCCGUGGGAGCUCAACUUGAGUCUAAAAUAUUCAGAUAUUGCUAGAGAUGUUGGGUCAUGGUCUAGCCACCGAUGCCUCAAGAACCUUGCAAUGUCCAGCUACUUCAAGGGUAUCAAGUGCACCCUUGGGGCUUGUUUCUUCGAUGAGUUUCAACAGGAGAUGCAAGGAAAAGAACAAAAUCUUCACCAAUGUGGAUAGAUACACAAAGUACAGUACUUCUUUCUGUUAUGCACCAAGAAAUGCCAGAAUCACACCACUGGCAACUGCAUCGUUUGGGGAUAUGGCUGAUUCUUCAACUCCUAUCUUUCCCAGAAUCCAUGUAAAAGAUCCAUAUCAGCGUCUCGGAAUCAGCAGGGAAGCAUCGGAAGAAGAAAUCCGUGCUGCUAGGAACUAUCUGAUAAGCAAGUAUGCAGGCCACAAGCCAAGUGUUGAUGCAAUUGAGUCUGCCCAUGACAGGAUUAUCAUGCAGAGUUUCUUUGAUAGGAAAAAGCCAAAAAUGAAUCUCAAGAAAAAAUUUAGGGAACUUAGUCAGUCACGUGCAGUGAAGGCUAUUCAAGGCAGAUUUCAAACACCACGUAGCAAAGUCAUUUGGCAGACAGCUAUUGCAUUUGUCUUGCUUGGAGUGCUUACCCUUGCUUUCCCUACUGAAGAAGGGCCAACCCUCCAGGUUGCUCUCUCUUGUGCAGCAAAUAUCUAUUUCAUUUAUCAGAGGGUCAAAAGUGGAUGGCGAGCAUUCUUUUUUGGGUUUGGUUCUUUCUUUGCUUCCUGGUUCCUUGGCACUUUCUUGAUGGUAUCUGUAAUUCCUCCUAUACUCCCGGGUCCAAGAAACUUGGAAGUGAGCACCGCGUGUGUUACUUAUGUGCUCCUUUUCAUAUCAUCGACCUUCUUGAAGUAAGAGAUUCAUCGUGUUUCCAUGUUAGCCCAAUGUCCUGCAGAAGUUAUAAACAUGGUAUCCUACUUCAAAUAGCUUGUACAAUCCAUCGGCUUUUUCUUUGUUUGUUUCACGUUCGUGGAGUUGGAAAUGCUAGUUCCUUGGUGAUUUGAUAGUAGUUUUAAGGUUACAAUAUGAGAUGUAGAACGUUUUUGGCCUUGGCCCAUGAGGUCUUAAUCAGAGUCUAACACCUCUUGAUGGCAUUUUCGGUUGAUGUAUUCAAUACAUUUUGUUUUUGAAUAGAUCGUAUAAGAUAUAUCCAUGCGAUUGAACUGCUGAAGUCA